AUGUCUCCCGCAGCAACGCGUAGGGCACGCUCCAGGCCCCAGGUGAAACGCCAAAGAAUUGAGGAGGACGACGAACCGGAGCACAAAGACGUCGUGUUGAUAAAUAUCCUAAAAGCGGAGAAAGAAUCCCUGGCGAACGAGAACGAAGCAUUGAAACAAAGGCUGAAAGAAGCUCAAAACGCUACUUCUUUGGAGACCAAGGAGAAGAACGCUCUCAAAGCUCGGAAUAUUAAGCUAAAGGCUUCGUGGGAUUCGGCUACGCAAAAUGUUCAGUCGUUACGGUCACAAUUAGGUGAAGCAAACGCAGCGAAGAAAGAAUGCCGCAUUGCACUAGCAAAGGCGCUGUCUCCAAACUACUCUCCAAUGGCCCAUUUGGCGAAGAAUUCCGACUGUCAGAUCAUGGUAAAAAUCGAAGACCAUGGUCAAGUAAUGGAGGAUAUUGUACCACUUGUCAGUUCGGGAGACCAGGAACAUAUCAACCAGCUGCUGGAUUUCGUCUUUCUUGGAGUCACCGAGAAAUGGUUUUGCUUCAGCGCUGUUUGUGAAAAGAAAGUGACUGAUCAAGACUCGUUCAUGAAAGAUCAACAAUGUCCGGUUCACAAAUCACCAUGCGAACUCUGGUUAAAGAAGACUAAGGGUCCGCCUCAGGACAGAAUUGUCUUCACGAGCACUGUGUAG